GAGAAAAUCGAUGAAGUAUACAAAACGCAGUCGGCUCGCAAACAAAAAAGUGUCAGAAUUCCGUGAAAAAUGGAUGAUCUCCUGGAUUUCUUUAAUCCAAAUAAGAAGAUUGAGCGAAGGCCUAUCAUUGCCGGUGGCCGAGUGAAUACAUUCGUGGAGCCAAAUGUGAUUUCGAGGCCAAUUCCAGAAGACAACAGAAGUUAUGCGGAAAAAUUCCAGGACCAUGAGCUUCGCACCAUGCGCCAUGUCAAAGAUGAGGAGGCAUUCAUGGAUGCCGAUGAAGAUGAGGAGAGUAUGGUUGAGGAAAGUGAUUUUGAUGAUCGUGCAAAUCUCAAUCAAGGCAUUUACUCUAAAUACAAAUUUGAGGCGACAGCAGGAAAACGUCUCCCAAUUCAGGUUCACCGCAAAGAGAUUCUCGAUACAAUUUCCGAGAAUCCCGUGGUGGUGAUUGAGGGACCAACGGGUUGUGGAAAGACCACGCAGGUUCCGCAGUAUAUCAUGGAAGAUGCAUUUGCCAAAAAGAAAUAUUUUAACAUUGUUGUGACGCAGCCAAGACGUUUGGCGGCAGUCAGUGUGGCCAAGAGGGUGGCUCAGGAGCGUGAAUGGGUGCUGGGGGAUGUGGUGGGUUUCCAGAUUGGACGGAAGAAGGAAGUGACAGAGGAUACACGCAUAACAUUCUGCACAACAGGAGUUUUACUGGAGAAAUUGGUGAAGAGUCAAUCAUUGAGUGAAUAUACGCACAUAAUACUCGAUGAAGUUCACGAACGAGAUAUUGACAUGGACUUCCUUUUGAUUGUGAUCCGUAAGAUUUUCUUUCGUGCACGAAAUCCCGUGAAGAUCAUCAUGAUGUCAGCCACAAUUAAAUCUGAAAAAUUUGCUGACUAUUUUACGAUUAACGAAAGAGUUCCCAUUAUUAAUCUCACUCAAACUUCACAAUAUGUUGUUAAGGAGUACUUUAUUGAUGAUAUCAAAAAGAUUGGCUUCAAUCAAGCUGUCAUUUCCGAUGGACCAGAAAUUUCAGCCGAAAUGUACUCUUUUGCUGCUCGAUUGAUUUUGGGAUUGGACAAUUUGGAGAAGAGAGAGGCACAGGAAUCUGAAGAAGGGUCAUCUUCGAGAAGUGCCACGAGAAAUUCAGUUUUAGUUUUUCUCCCGGGAAUUAAUGAGAUCAAUCAAUUGCACAAGGAAUUGGACAAAUUGACAGAUCAAGAAGGAGACUUUAGGUGCGAAGUUAUUCCACUUCAUUCUUCCCUGACGCAUGAAGAGCAGCACAGAGUUUUCAAACACUUCACCACAGCACGAAAAGUCAUUCUGUCCACGAAUAUUGCUGAGAGUUCAAUCACGGUGCCAGAUGUUAAGUUUGUCGUGGACUUUUGUCUCACCAAGAAUCUCCGGGUGGACACCACGACCAAUUUCUCUUCUCUGCAGAUGGAAUGGGCCUCCCUGGAUAACUGCAUUCAACGAUCUGGUCGUGCUGGACGUGUAAUGGAUGGAAGGGUGUAUCGACUUGUGACGAAGCAGUUUUACAGGUCGGGUCUCCCCAGGCAUAUUACGCCAGAGAUGCAGCGUCAAUCCCUCGAAACUGUUGUCCUAAAGUCCAAACUGAUCGAUAUGGGUGCUCCUGAAACAGUUUUGGGCCUUGCCAUGGAUCCUCCACUGAAAUCUGACAUUCACAAUGCCAUUCUGCAACUGAAGGAGUUGGGAGGCCUUCUGAAUACGGUCAAUGGUGAAUUUGUGCUCAAUGAUGGAGAUAUGACAUUUAUAGGUAAAGUCAUGGCUCAUCUACCGGUAGAUAUCCGUGUAUCUCGACUUAUUGUGUUGGGACAUACAUUCAGUGUUGUGGAUGAGGCAGUAAUAAUUGGGGCGGCUUUGAGUGUUCAGGGAGUCUUUUCGGAGCACUACAAUCGUGAGAUGACGACAUAUGCCACAAAAUUGGCUUGGGCCAAUGGAACAGGAAGUGACUUGAUAGCCCUAUUGACGGCUUAUAAGGUGUAUCAGGAGCGUGUGAGGCAAAAUCAGCGGGAAUUUGAUCAUAGAUGGGCUGAAAGAUGUGGUAUACAGUUGAGGAUGAUGCAUGAAGUGGUGGAAUUGGUGCAGGAAAUCAAUCAUAGAUUGGCAUAUUUCAAUAUACAGCCAAUUCCUGCACCAUAUGCCGGUGUGAUGAAUGAGUAUGAACGUUGUAUUAUUCUGAAGGUUGUCUUUGCUGGUGCUUUUUAUCCCAAUUUUGCCGUUUAUGGGGAAAAUGAUGCUGAUAGUGAGAAGGAAACUUUUCGUAUUACAAAUGGACGAAAUCCCUGCAAUACGGUUAUACUACAGGGAUUGCCCAGUAAGCACAUUGGGCAGUUGUACAGGAAGAGUAUUAAAGAGAUAUUUUGGAAUUUUCUCGAACGUUCAACGAAGAUUGAUGUGAGUUUUGAUAAUUCAGAAAAGGUCUAUGUGACUUUUACUCCAAGUAGGAGUGACAUUGAUUCCCAAUUGGGUGCCUACCUCACUGAAUAUCAGGACAAUCACGAUGUGUCCGGAAAUGUUCUGGUGGAGGUGUAUAAGGCUGUUAAGUAUGGUCAAUUGAAUCGGGGAUUGAAGUUGAAUGUGCUAAAUCCGGGAAAAGCUCAGGAUUAUGCUCUCGAUCAUGGUGUUGCUGAACGGACAUCUGGUGAAUUUCAGUGGAAGAAGCAGGAAAAGAUGAAUCGUGAUUAUGUGGUUUAUCCUCGAAAGAACUACAUUGACGGCAAAUUGACGCAUUUUGUGCAUUUGCACAAAUUCUUCAUUCUUCCACGUGAGGAAGCUCAGGAUGAAGAUCGCAUCAGAACAUUGCUCAAUAGUUCAGCAAAUCUCGAAAGUGUGCGCAAGGAACAACUCAAAGUUGGCAUGAUGGUGGCUGCUCAGCGUCAAUUUGGCAAUAAUCUCUACUUCUGUCGUGCUCGUGUGAUUGACAAUGAUUUCAGUCAACCACAGAAAGUUGAAGUAUUCUUCAUUGAUUUUGGCAAUACAGCUAAUUUGUCCAUGGCAUGUAUUCGGCUCAUUCGCCAAGGACUUCACGCCAAUGAUUGUCUCGUGGAACAAUUGCCACCAAGAGCUAUAGAAUGUCGUCUAGCCUGCAUUGCCCCGACAGCCAUUAGUGCCAUUCGAGGACGUUGGACGGAGGAGACCAUAAGGAGAUUCACCAAUAAGAUUCCUGUUAACUCCAAAGUGAGAGCUGAUGUUUAUGCCUUCGUGGAUGGAAUAGCCUACGUUACGCUCAAUCACGGUGGAGAGAGUCUCAAUGAAUGGGCAAUUAGGAUGAAACUGGCCCAAUACUCUGAUGAGAAUUACAUGGUUAAGUUUGAUCAUGACCGUCGAAUGGCUUGUGAAUUACUCAAGCAUCCCUAUAUCUUGGAUGAUGUUCAAAUUGAUGCCAUUGUGAAGCCACAAGAGGCCGAAGUGAAUGCACCACCGGAAAAUAUUUGUGAUAAACAAUUGAGUCUCAAAGGUCCAACGAGUCCGUUGACUGCAAAUCUUUUUUCCCUUACCAAGAGUGCCAGUAUGAAAAAUUGCAGGAUAGAGAGGAAUUCAGUGAACAGUGUACUCCUGGAUAAUAACUAUCAGGAUUACCAUCAGAAGAUGCUGGUGGCUACUCACAUUAAGAAGUCAGGCAAUGGAGAUUUACUUCUCUAUCAAACCACUGUGAUGCCAAACAUUCCGGGGCUUAUGGCACUGUUGUCGCUCAUUUUCUGCCCAACGGCAGAAUUUUGUCGUGAUUCUGACAAUUCACGUUUCAUCUCAGUGCUGACGGGAUUGGGAAGUAAGCCUGGUACGAAGAUUCCCAUGUUUGAGGAACAUGAUAUGCAGAUUCCGUUAGAUAUUAAACUGGAUCAUGAUGAUAUUGAGUGCAUCAAUCAACUGAGGUAUUCUAUGAGCAGUUUGCUCUUGCUGAGAAAUGGUCAGGAUGUACCGGAACUUGAGAAUCAUGCUCGAUAUAAGUUGCAGCAGAAGAUUAGAGAUCUUACGCUCAACAUUUUGACACGAUCUCGUCCACUUUGCGAGAGGAAGUUUCCACCAAAGCCCUUUGUUUGGAAUCAAUGUGAUGUGAAGCCAACGGAAUUGCUUCAGAUCAGUGAUCUUCACAAUGGAGCUUCCAUUUUUCCCUUUCUGACUUCGCUGAAAUUGGAUCCAAUGGCCACUGAGGAACAGACUGAGCGUUUGAAUAAGAGUUGCAAAGAACUCUACGAGAUUAUUUCAAUCAACCGCAUCCAGAAGGACGGUGUUAAAUGCUUGCUCUGCGAUGCUUAUCUGAAUGGCGUUAUUCAGGUACGACUUCAUGUCUUUACAAAACUUCAUCAGGAUCGCGAGGCUGAAAUUGGCUUCAUUAAGCAAAAAUAUUGAAAACUUUUUUUAAUUAUUAGUUUCUUUUUUUUUAUUAUUAUUUCUUGACAAUUUUGAAGUAUCUUGAAAUACAGAAUAUUAUUGAAGUACAAAAGAAAAAAGUGUUUUAUUUA